AUGGUCGUCAAGGCUGGAAUCAACGGCUUCGGCCGCAUUGGCCGCAUCGUCUUCCGCAAUGCCAUUGAGCAUGACGAUGUCAACAUUGUCGCCGUCAACGACCCUUUCAUUGAGCCCCACUACGCCGCAUACAUGCUCAAGUAUGACAGCACCCACGGCCAGUUCAAGGGCGACAUCAAGGUCGAGGGAAACAACCUCGUUGUCAAUGGCAAGACCAUCCGCUUCUACAUGGAGAAGGACCCCGCCAACAUUCCCUGGGCCGAGACUGGCGCCUACUACAUCGUUGAGUCGACUGGUGUCUUCACCACCACCGAGAAGGCCAAGGCCCACUUGAAGGGUGGUGCUAAGAAGGUCGUCAUCUCCGCUCCUUCUGCUGACGCUCCCAUGUUCGUCAUGGGUGUCAACGAGAAGACCUACAAGUCGGACAUUGAGGUGCUUUCCAACGCUUCGUGCACGACCAACUGCUUGGCUCCCCUCGCCAAGGUCAUUCACGACAAGUUCACCAUCAUUGAGGGUCUCAUGACUACGGUCCACUCCUACACCGCCACCCAGAAGGUCGUCGACGGUCCUUCUGCCAAGGACUGGCGUGGAGGCCGCACUGCUGCUCAGAACAUCAUCCCCAGCAGCACCGGUGCCGCCAAGGCUGUUGGCAAGGUCAUUCCCGAUCUCAAUGGCAAGCUCACUGGCAUGUCCAUGCGUGUGCCUACCGCCAACGUGUCCGUUGUUGACCUCACGGUUCGCCUCGAGAAGGGCGCUACCUACGACGAGAUCAAGCAGGCUGUCAAGAGCGCCUCCGAGAACGAGCUCAAGGGCAUUCUCGGCUACACUGAGGACGAGAUUGUCUCCACGGACCUGCUUGGCGAUCCUCGCUCCUCCAUUUUCGAUGCCAAGGCAGGCAUCUCCCUCAACAAGAACUUUGUCAAGCUCGUUUCUUGGUACGACAACGAGUGGGGCUACUCCCGCCGUGUGCUUGACCUCUUGGUCUACAUCGCCAAGGUCGAUGGUAACGCGUAG